ACCCAUUACAGCUGGUUUAGAUUUCCAAAUGCCUUUACUCGAAAUUUCUGCUGCGUAUUCGUAACUUUACUUUCCCUUGCAAGAAGAGAUCAACUACGUUAAAAUAGAGGUCAGCAAUGAAUCGUCCAGUAUGAUUCUUUCUGACGACCAGAAGCGAUGGGUAGUCUUCGGAGUUGCUCUAAACAAGGUUCUAGUCGCAGAAAUACGACCGUUUGUUGAACAAGAGAUUCAGAGAGAGUAUGGAAAUCUUCAAGCCAAGCAUAACAUCCAUACUCAGAGCUAUACAGGGCGACUCCAAAGGCACACAGUGGCUUUAAAGUAUGAGAACAUCAAUGGAAACGACACAUUACCCAAGAAACCUGGUAGAAAGUAUGACUAUCUCACGUUUGACUACCGGGUGACGUCACACAUUGACUUCGCCAAGCUGUAUGUGGAGAAUCACAUGGCCAAGUUCAACGCAUUUGACGAACAUUGUGAUGCGUCAGCUUUGCUUGCAUUGCUUGGUAAAGUUCCUGUGUUUCCUGCUGUUGUCCAGACUGCAGCUGGCAAUGUAAGACAGGCCAGGAAUUCCUGGGCACACUGCGAGUUUGGUAAGUGGGACCAAAUAGGUUUUCAGCAGAGCUUUGACAAGAUGAAACAGCUGGUGAAACAACUGGGCCUGCCAAUUGCAGCCAAGGAUACCCUUCUAAAAGAAUUAGAAGACUGGGAGAAAAAAGGAGCCAUACUGUGUAUAAACGCUACUAUCGACCCUGAUCUUGUGAAGGCUGUUCAACAAGAUCUCAUCGCUCUGAAGAACGACGUUGAUAAGCUGGCAUUUGAAAAAGAGGAAGAAAGAGCGCAAUUGAAGACUGCGCUUCAUGACGCUGUAGGUGAUCUGGAAGAGCUGGAAAAACGCGUUUUCAAGGUGGAACAAGAACAACAGUUACUAACUGCCAAAGUACAAGACCAGAAAAAUGAACUGCAUGAACUAAAAACUGAACAAGCAAAUGUCCAACAACGUGUUGAACAUCUGGAAGGGACUAAAUCCCAAAUCUGUCAUGGCAAGGGCCAAUUCGAAGAAAACACAACGCGAUGCCUCAUCAAAUGUUUUACAAGUGCUGAGAUAACUGGGGUUGGUGGUUGGGGAAACCGACAAAAAGAAAAAGUCUACUGCUAUGAACACUGUUUCACGGAUAGACACGAAAAAACUGGUAAAGAGAAAGUGGCAAGACAACAAAUUAUAUAA